AGAUAUCAGAGAUUCCAGAGAAGGAGGCAGGCACGCAAACACGACUGAGUAUGGCUAACCCCCAGCAGGUAGCGCAACAAUUACCAGGGUUUGGCGUUAACUCCGUAGCUAUGAACCCUACGGGGGCUCAAAUGGGAUUGGGGGCAUGCCAUCUGUGUGGCAAGUACGGGCACUACGCUCGUAACUGCAGGGCAGCCGGAAAUGGGCGUCCUCCCCAGCAGUUUCAGCAGCAGCAGUCAGCUCCGGCGAUGGACGAGGAAACGAACGAGAUGAAGGCGUAUUUUCGGAAGAAGAUGCUGAAGCAAAAGGUCGAAGAGGAGAAGCGGGAGAGGGACCGAGAGGAACAAAGAAGGAAGCUUGAAGAAGAGAAGACAGAAGCCGACAGAUUGCGAGAAGCUGAAGCAAGGGAGGCGCGCUUGGAGGCAAGGCUAGUGAGACUCGUGAACCAACACACCAAGUCAGUAAACACUGGCAUCGUGCAGGUGACUAAGAAGAAGUCUCCAAAGACGAAGGCUCAGAUGCUCCAAGAAAUAUGCAGUUAUAUCGACGAAUCCGACGACGAGAGUGAUGAAGUAAGGGAAGAAGCAGGGCGUCUUAUUGAUGCUAUAGAACGAAGGAAAGGGAAGAGGAAGGUCGAUUGCAGGAAGGCGUUAUCUGCUGCGAAACCCAGAACAACGAGAGCCUUUCCUAUUGUUAUUGAAGAUGUACGGGACAAUGUACAUACUCCACCGUCCAAGAAGAAGUGUACUGGCGAUGAGACUUCUGGAGGAGAGAUGUUAGAUUUUGUUAUUGAAAUGCAUCGUUCGCUCUUAGCCAAGAAAGCUCCGGAACUUAAGAAGAUCUGCAACGAGGAAGGUAUCGAGUGGACAAGGAAGGAUCAGGCGGUUAGCGAGAUUGUGAGAUGUAGACCAAAACUGGCAUUUGGGGAGAUAGACGAUUCAGAGCAUCUGGCGGGCAGGUAAGGAGAAGCCAUGGACGCUCUCAGACACCUGAUGAGACAGAGAGGAAGGAGGGUGUCUCGAUACCCGUGUACAUUAAA